GACGAUCAGCUCAGCGACUGCCCCCGUGCACGAGAGCUUUUUAGACGACGACCAUGGCCCCCGCCGCGAAGCAGAAGAAGAAGUCGGUCGUGAACCUGAACUCGCGCCUCGCGCUCUGCAUGAAGAGCGGCAAGGUCGCCCUCGGCUACAAGACGUCCCUCAAGACCAUGCGGGCGAACAAGGCCAAGCUCGUCAUCAUCGCGAACAACACUCCGCCGCUGCGCAAGUCCGAGGUCGAGUACUACGCGAUGCUCUCCAAGUGCCAGGUCAUCCCCUACAACGGCACGAACAAGGACCUGGGCACGGCCUGCGGCAAGUACUUCAACUGCUCCAUGCUCGCCGUCAUCGACCAGGGCGACUCCGACAUCGUCAAGGAGUCGCAGGCGUAGGGCGGCCGGCGGCGGCGCGCCGCCCGAUCGCGGCGCGCGCCGGCGACGACGAGGCGACCGACGGGGACUCUUCCGCCCGCGCCGCCGCGGCCCCUUUCGCGGAGGUCGCGGCGGCGGGCGCGUUUUUCCGCCCAUCGCGUCUGGGACCGCGCGGGGUAACUCGCCGUCCUGG